CUUGUUGCAGAUUCGUCAGCCAGCUGAACUGAGACCAAAACAUUCACAGGGAUAAAUAUUUGACUUUGACGUCUGACUUACAUAUGAUAUCAUAUGACAAACAAGAUAUUUUCCAAUUGCCGAUGCGAUUAAACAAGAGGUGUGAGGAGACAUAAUUAAUUAGGUGGCUUGGAGAAGUAACAGGGCUUGCAGUGGUAGUUUAUGCUAGCAUGCUAACGUUACCGGAGCUAAUAGAAGCCGCUAGCUAACGGUAACGUUAUUAUGCCGGACGACCCAACAACUGCCGCUUGGAGUAGACGCUUUUGCCUCAGUUGCCUUGACAACCAGCCCAGCAAUCUGAAACUGGCUCACCAGCAAGUCAGGUAGCGUUAGCUGCUUAAGCUAAACCGACACAGUCAUAACUCUUUUUCUACGUUGCCUUUUUUACUGCCUGGAAUAACAACUCCAGGAUGGGGAUGUGCUUACCGUGCCUUGGUGGAGCAGCGGACGACGUUGUCGUCACUCCAGAUCCAGAGAUAAGAAGACGACAGUUAGCUGAGGCCGCUGAGAAGAGACAAAAAGAGACAACAUACAGGGGUGUUAAAAAUCCAGACGCUGUCGAGAGGAAAAAGAAAAAACAGGAAGAGAUUGAAAAACAGGAGAUGACCACCUCGGUGUCUGGUGGUGGUGGCGGCGGGUUGAGGGUUAGUUUUGUGUCUUGAAGGAUGGUCCUGAAUGUCAUUCAUGAGGUUUAAUCAUAUCUUUAAGCACUCUUUUUUUUGUUGUUGUUGUUUUUCUGGUGAAUUUUGAGCUGUUAUGCAACAUACAGUUAAGCGACAAUGAAUCGUCGGGUACAAAUAUAUGUGACGGUGUUAGAAGUUUGAGUCUGUUUUGUAAUAUUUGGCUGAGUUUAAGACUUGUUCUGAUGAUUUUCCCCUCUUUGUUUUCUAGUGGCAGGUGGGCUGAAAAUGAAGAUGGUAACAGCUCCAGUCUUGACUCAACAUGAAGUAUUGCGGCAAGAUGACUUGAAAGAUGUUUGAACUGCUAUCCAGUUUUCUAAUUGUGUUUUUUUGCCUAAUUUAUGAUGUUAUGAGACAAACGACUACAGUUUUCUUGCUUUAUGCAAAACUAUCUGAAGGGAUUACUGAAAGAACAGCAGGACUUUCCCCCUUGUUGCCAAGUUAUACAAGUCGUUUGGACCUUUUAGACGAGUCAGGGAGGACACGGAACAUGUGUCAGUAAGUACAGGUCCUACUGUACUAGUUCUAUUUGACCAUUGAUUAGACAACACGAGAUGACACCAAAGAAUAUGAUUAUUCUUAUCUGGUGACAGCUGUCCUCCAACACUUUUCAGAUUUCUCACUACACUGCUUUUGGUUUUCAUUGUCGAGGAUUUGUAAAUUCACCUUGGUUGGCCACAUUACCUUUUGUAUGACUUCUCCAGAAGUCAGUUAUGCAAAUGACACAUUUCACAAGUGAAACACAGUUUGUUUACAAAACAUGUAAGUGUGCUUAUGAUUAGAACACAGUAACACUCAUUUCACUUUUAUUUUAUUGCGGGCUCUAUUUGUUGGCAACACAAAGACUUGUGCAGAGAGUGCUAUAACUUGUAGGUAUUUAUUGAACUUGUAAUGCACUUUGCCUCUCCCCGAUGUGUCCUUGUUGUAUAUUGUGAUGAGAAUAUGUUUGUACUCGGUGCAACGCCAUUUAAUCAUUCAUUUGGUGAUUCAGUCACGAAGUACAAACUACAUACUUGACAAAAUAUGCAGCAGCAAUAGAAUACUGCAGAAUAAUAUAAAACAACACUAAGGCAUUUUCCAACAAGUCAAAAUGAAAAGGAGGUGCACUGGUCCUAUUGCACUGUGCACUGGUCCUAUUGCACUGUGCACUGGUCCUAUUGCACUGUGCACUGGUCCUAUCGCACUGUGCACUGGUCCUAUCGCACUGUGCACUGGUCCUAUCGCACUGUGCACUGGUCCUAUCGCACUGUGCACUGGUCCUAUUGCACUGUGCACUGGUCUUUGCCUUCACUUCUUUAAUAGAGCCCUCUUUGUUUUUCUCUGCACAAUUUGAGUUUGUUGCAUUGGAUUUUAAUAUUUGCAGAACAUUGAUGUGAUGCCUGCUUAAUUGAAUUUAAUUGAAAUGUGUUUGUGAAUUGCCAUAUUGCAAACGGAAGCUUUCGUUAAACAUCUAUUUGCACACAGUUUGUCUACAUUUGGAGAACAGCAGACAUGCUCGCUCCCACUCUUAAGUUGGGAGAGAUUCAUGUCACCUAAAAUGGAAACAGAAAGAAACUGAAGGAAAAGAACAAGUGAAGUGUGUACAGUACGUAGUGAAGCAUUUACGUUGGCUUGCCUAACUGAGUGCAUUUCUUACAGCCUUCACUUGAUCCUAAAAUGCUUCCGGUGCUCUCGCCAUUUUGUAGAACAGGAAAUGUAACCGAAGUUAUUUGCUACAAUAAAUCACAUUUCUGC